GGGAGUGAUUGAAAAAUGCAGUAGAAGACUAGAAGUUGAAGGUUUUCCCCAAAUCACACGCCUCAAUUUCUGCGACGACUCCCCAAAAUGCUCACCUCCAAACCCUCUCACUCUCACUCUCACUCUCACUCUCCAAUUCAAAUUCUCACCGUCGACGACGACGACGACGACGAUGCCGGCGCUGACGUAAUCUUCCCUCCGAUUCCCCACAGCUCCUCCUCCGCCGCGAUCGCCGUCCACGACGAUCGAAAAGACCCAUCUGCCCCCAGAUCAUCUCCCUCCCCGACCAAAGUACCCACCUUUAUCGACCUCUCCGACGAACCCGACGACGGAGACGACGACGAGAUUCGGAUUCUCCGAUUCAAACCCACCAAAACCCACUUCAAAAAGCGAAGAACAAACCCGUUUACAUCCGGGUCCGUAUCGGAACCCGGCCAGUCCUCCUCCGAUUCUCUCACCGACUACCCACCAUUCGUGUGUGCUAUUUGCGCCGACGACAAGCCUGGGUACCAAUCUUUUCCGAUCGAGAAUUGCAACCACGUGUAUUGCUCCGAUUGUGUGAUCAACUACAUCGAUUUCAAGCUCCAAGAAAACGAACCCACAAUUCGGUGCCCUGUUCCGGGGUGCAAGGGUCUGCUGGAGCCCGAGUACUGCCGCUCGGUUCUGCCGGCUCAGGUGUUUGCGAGGUGGGGAAAGGCAAUGUGUGAUGCAGUGAUACAGGGGUCGGAGAAAUUCUACUGCCCAUAUCAGGACUGCUCUGCUCUGCUGAUCGAUGACGGGGAGGAGGUGGUGAGGGAGUCGCAGUGCCCGCAUUGUGGGAGAAUGUUCUGUGCUCAGUGCAAGGUUGCUUGGCAUGUCGGGAUGGAUUGCAGCGAGUUUCAGAGGCUGAGUGUGGAUGAGAGAGGGAAUGAAGAUGUUAUGUUGAGGAACCUGGCCCAGAGCCAGAACUGGAGGAGGUGUCCCAGCUGCAUGUUCUAUGUCGAAAAGUCUGUUGGUUGCUCCUACAUGAGAUGCAGGUGUGGAUCUCCGGAUUGUCUCUUUGUUUUACUGAUGGAUUGCCAAUGUAAAUUGCUGCAGGUGUGGAUAUGCAUUCUGUUACAAUUGUGGAGUACAAGCUGUCAGUCAUACCUGUCGAAGCUGUCAUAAGUAAUGCCUGUCAUAAGUAAUGCUAGAAGACAAUCUUGUUGCAAAACUACAGGUUUUUCUAUCUCGGGUUGAUUGCAAUAGCACAGGUUGCUCUAUGUAGUUGGAUUUAGCAACCGCUCUGCUUCCUUUUUAGUGCAAUAUGAUACUAGAGAACCAGAGGACAUGUUGUGUCAUAGGUGAUAUGACAUUAUCGUAGCUGUGUAAGGGGGUUUACAUUAGGGAAGUUUUAGAAGACUUAUUGAAUGAAAAUGAAUGCUUUGAGAGAAUAUUGUAUAUACAUAACUUUUUCUGGUAACUGAGUUCAAGUUUAUUUUUCAUAAAGAUGAUCAUGUUCUGUAUAA